UAUAUGCAGUUAAUGUCAAAAUGCUACCAAUGCUACCAUGUCAAUAAAAUCCUUUCAAAAACUGUCAAGAAAUUUUACAAGAGUGUAGUGAUCGAUCGCAAAGUAAGCAAAAGCUCUUGAUUUUAUAUCCUUCGUCAUAUUCUAGACAAAGAAAACACUUGAAAUGGAAUGUGAAGAUACCAAUUUUAUUAAUGUAUCAUACAUUAAAAGUGAUGAACACAGUCAAAGUGUAAAUAUCAACUCUGAAACAGACGAUCCUCUAAAAGAACUUGGUCUACAACCAAAUCCACCGAGUUACUACAAAUUAGACAGUAUAGUGUUUGCUGAGCCAUUGAAAAACAUUUCAAACAACGAAAAUGCAUUGAAAGACAUAGAAGAACACACUGAAAUCACUGUUAUGGAAAAUGUGCUAAUAAAAAAGGAGGCCGGAAAGCAAUACAAGAAGUAUCUUAUGGACUUAGAUGCGUCACAGUUACAAUGUCCACAGCCGAACUGCACUCGCUCAUUCACAACCACAAAGCUCCUAAAAGCCCACAUACGUAAGGUACACUGCGCAGAUAAACAGAAGUACAUAUGUGAUCAGUGCGGGCGCGGGUUCUCAGCGCAGUACUUGUUGCGGCGACAUGAGUUAGUGCACACGGGGGUAUUGGUCGAGUGUACUGUAUGUGGCGUCAAACUGAGGGGGAGGACUGGUUUAACGAACCAUCUCCGUUCUCACUUGAACAUUCGUGCUCACGAGUGUCGAUUCUGCAAGAAGAAGUUCACGAGAGCAUCCACCUGUGCAACUCAUAUCAAGUUUGUGCAUAAGCAAGGAAUGUUGGGAUGUGACCAGUGUGAGCAACAGUAAGUAAUUUUAACUUUAUAGCUAUUGAAAUAAAGUCGUAAAUCUAAGUUCAUGAUAACCUCGACUUGUGCAACUCAUGUCAAGUUUGUGCAUAAGCAAGGAAUGAUGGGUGACUAAUGAUAAGGAGUUUCAACCUUGUAAGUAUUGCAAUAAGGUUAAUAGUUAGUAUAUAACCAGUUUGAAAUUUUAUAUAUACAUUGUAAUAAGGUCGUAAAUCCUGUUCAAACGACCAUUCCAAAGUUAUUUCAUGUAACAAUGACUGCAAUAAUUACUUUAUAACCAUUGCAAUACAGUUGAAAUUCUGAUGUACUUCAUCAAAGCUUCGAC